UUGGAACACACAGGGCCACUCGGCACUAGGGAAUAUGCAAGCCCCAUCUACCUGGCUGUAUUUUUGAAGCUUCUCUUGAUGCUACUCAAGCAAUCGGUCAAAUAUCUAAAGUUCUGUAGGUGUACCUUCUCUGAACAGACAUGCAGCGAGGGUUGAAGAUAUAGGGUUAGUGCUUGAAUUGGGAAAUGGCAUUGCUGACAACCAUAGUUGGAAGAUGGGGAAGAAGAGCAGAGUGAAAACUCAGAAGUCAGGUACAGGAGCUACAGCAACAGUUUCUCCAAAAGAAAUGUUGAAUCUAAUUAGUGAAUUAUUACAGAAAUGCAGCAGCCCAACCCCUGGUCCUGGAAAGGAAUGGGAAGAAUAUGUGCAGAUUCGAGCUCUUGUUGAGAAAAUCCGCAAAAAACAAAAAGGUUUGUCUGUUAUUUUUGAUGGAAAAAGAGAAGACUAUUUUCCUGAACUAAUGAAAUGGGCCACUGAAAAUGGAGCAUCCACAGAGGGUUUCGAAUUAGCAAAUUUUGAAGAAGAGGGCUUUGGUUUGAAAGCAACAAGAGAGAUAAAGGCAGAAGAGUUGUUUCUUUGGGUUCCUAGAAAGUUGCUGAUGACAGUUGAAUCAGCUAAAAAUUCAGUGUUAGGGUCCUUGUAUUCUCAAGACCGAAUUCUCCAGGCAAUGGGAAAUAUCACACUGGCAUUCCAUCUUCUUUGUGAACGAGCCAAUCCUAACUCUUUCUGGCUGCCAUACAUCCAAACUCUCCCCAGUGAAUAUGAUACCCCUCUAUAUUUUGAAGAAGAUGAAGUGCAGUAUCUUCAGUCAACUCAGGCCAUACAUGAUGUCUUCAGCCAAUAUAAAAAUACAGCUAGACAGUAUGCCUAUUUCUACAAAGUCAUUCAGACCCAUCCUAAUGCCAGCAAACUGCCCUUAAAGGAUUCUUUCACUUAUGAUGACUACAGAUGGGCAGUUUCCUCUGUUAUGACACGACAAAACCAGAUUCCAACUGAAGAUGGUUCCCGAGUUACCUUGGCUCUGAUUCCUUUAUGGGACAUGUGUAAUCACAUCAAUGGUCUGAUCACAACUGGCUACAAUUUAGAAGAUGACCGUUGUGAGUGUGUAGCGCUUCAGGAUUUUAAGGCUGGAGAACAGAUUUACAUUUUUUAUGGCACUCGGUCGAAUGCUGAAUUUGUGAUCCACAGUGGUUUUUUCUUUGAUAAUAAUUCACAUGACAGAGUGAAAAUAAAGCUUGGAGUGAGUAAAAGUGACAGGCUGUAUGCUAUGAAGGCAGAAGUCUUAGCUCGUGCCGGCAUUCCAACCUCCAGUGUUUUUGCCUUGCACUCCACUGAGCCUCCAAUCUCUGCUCAGCUUCUGGCUUUCCUUCGAGUGUUUUGUAUGAGUGAAGAAGAGCUGAAAGAACACUUAAUAGGAGAGCAUGCAAUUGACAAAAUCUUCACUCUGGGCAACUCUGAGUUUCCAGUUAGCUGGGACAAUGAGGUUAAACUUUGGACGUUCCUUGAAGCCAGAGCAUCCCUUCUUUUGAAAACCUACAAAACUACUGUGGAGGAUGACAAAUCCUUUUUGGAGACCCAUGACCUUACCUUCCAUGCGACAAUGGCUAUCAAAUUGCGUUUAGGUGAAAAAGAGAUUUUGGAGAAAGCAGUGAAGAGUGCAGCUGCUAACAGAGAGUACUAUAGUAGACAAAUGGCAGAAGGAGCCCUACUUCCUAAAUAUGAAGAGAGCAAUAUUGCCUUGCUAGAGAAUACUGUGGCAGACUCUAGGCUCCCAAUUGUCUUGAGAAACCUAGAGGAAGAAGCAGAGGAACAAGGGGACUUAAAGAUUGAUGAAGCUAUUGAUGCAGAAGUCACAGAGAAUGGGUUUGUAAAUGGUGAAAAAACUCUACUUAAUGGGACCAAAUCAGAAAAUGAAAAUCUAAAUCAAGAGGAAAGCAACAAAGACACUGAAGAUGCCAAAGAAUCUUCUUCAGACAGUACUGAUGAGGUUAAAGAAUAGUCAUAAAAUAAAGUUUGACUUCCUUGUGAAAUUAAAAUUAGCAGAAGUUUAUGAA